AUGAGAGUCCAAUUGUUGGUCGCGCAGGUGAUGGCGGCCAUGAUGAUGGUGAAAUGCAGCGAUAUUACACCAGCGGUUUUUGGUAGCGUAUUGGACGGUAUGCCAGCGGCCUUUGGCGAUUUUAAUUCCGACGAACUGACCGACGUGUUCAUGCUGCGCAAGAACUGCACCACCGUUCAAAUUUUUCUCGCCGCCGAACAGGAGCCUCUUUUGAGGCCCAGCUCCGAGCUAAGUUGCACGUUCCGCCGUUCGGUGGUGGGCGUAGUGCCGGGAGACUUUGACGGAGACGUGUUCAUGGACGUGUUGGUCAUCACAUACGACAGAGAGAAGAACCUGUCGCACGGUUACAUACUAUGGGGUGGAAACGGCCGGUUAAACUGUACGAACGAGGAUCACCCGGUGAUAAGCAUGAGAGGGCAACCGUUGGCUCUCGACUACAACGGCGACAUGAUAAUAGAUCUGUUCGGCUUGGACGAACAGAAGAACAGGGUGUUUUGGAUAUUCGACGAGAGCAGAAACCCUCCGAGAAAGAUUCCUAUGCACUCGCCUGUGAACCUGCCGCUGGCAUUCAUCAGGGAGCCUCACUCGAACGCCUAUCUCGACCUGAACAGCGACUUCUUGGCCGAUCUGGUGGUCACGACGGACAAACACUUUGAAAUUUGGCUGGGCGUGGAGCAAGGAUUCCGAUACGACAGACUGAUAAAGUUCCCCGGCGGAGUCUCCAAGAACUUCAAAGGCGUGCUCGGGCAAACGUUGUACCUGGACGUCGAGCUGACCGGCAAGAUGGAUCUGCUUUUGCCUCUGUGCUUCGACGAGGCGUGCGCCAACAGCACCAUCAUGAUGUACUCCGCGGACAAGUGGCACGAUCUCGGGGUGAACUUGAGGGAUAACGACAACAUGCUGUGGGGCUUUGUGAAACCGAACGGGCAUCGAUAUACCGACACGAUCACUCUUCACGGCGGUGACUUCAACAUGGACGGUUAUCCAGAUCUGCUGGCCACGCUCAAGCCGACCACUGGCAAACAGCAGCGGUCCUAUCUGCUGGAGAACGUGGCGUGCGACACGUGCGAGAAUUUCACCCGAAAAUUCCAAGUGAAAUGGCAAGCGCUGAGUCCGUUCCGCAACGAAACAGCGAUGGCCGUGUUUUACGAUUUCUACCAAGACGGGAUCUUGGACGUGAUCUUGGUGGAGGUGGAGACAAGCAGGAACAGCUACCGUACAGCUGCCUUCAAGAACAGCUUGGACUACGACGCGAACUUUGUGAAGGUGAUGGUGCUCACUGGACGGAACAACAGCAUGUAUCCGAUCUCGCCGGGCUCGCUCGGCAAGAAGAAGCGAACUUACGGUACGAAUCUUCCCGGUCCGUCGAUAGCCUAUCGGACCACGACUCAGGACGGCAGCCCGCGAAACGCGAUCGCCGCUCAGCUCCCGCAGAGCGCCCAUUUCUCCCUGAAUUUGCCAUACACGACCUUCGGUCUGGGUAGAACCCCCAACUUUGUCGAUGCUCUCACUAUCGGGGUAAGCUAUCUUUCUCACUUUGCAUUUUCUCUCCGAAUUUGUCGUCAUUCGUUUGUUUGUUUGUUUGUUUGUCCACGACAGGUCGGGGGGAAAUAUCGGGAAUGGCCGCAAAUCAUCCCCAACUCGCAGAUGGUAGUGAUACCGAAUCCAAUCAUGGAACCCUCGAGGUGGAAAGCCCAGCUGUUCGUAACUCCCAGCAAACUGAUAUUGCUGAGCGCUGCUGCGUUAACCGCCACCUGCGGCCUCAUAUCCUUGAUCAUCGUCGCGCUCUACUGGAAAGAGCGAAGGGAGGACAAGCUCGAGAAGCUUCAGGAAGCGCACCGAUUCCCAUUCGACGCGAUGUGA